AUGACUGCCAAAUCAUACCCAGAGAAAUAUGAAGAACAGGCUGCAGUGCCUACACUAAUGGAAGGAAAUAUGGCGGACGCAAAAAAAUGUACCGUUGAUGCAAGGCAACAGCCAUUUUCCUAUAAUGACAGUAUUCGCGCCAACCGUACGGUCACCCUGAUGAAAGUUACAGUAGGCAGUCCACCAACAACUGAUCAAGUUCCUUUUUCGACAACCUCAGAGAUGCCCAUCACAAUUGCUGUGAUGAAAAUUAAGAGCAACGCGAAUAGCGAUCAACCCUGUAUAAAUCAGGAGACUUUCAUUCCAAGACCAUCCCUCCAUCCAACCACUCGUCAAUCGCUGCAGCUCCCACCUACGAAGUCUACAUUAGUGAAUCCUUCACAACAGGCACAUGGGUGGAUGAAUGGAUCAGGAAAGAGUCAAGGAUUAGAAAAUCCAUUGUCAGUUUAUGGUGGAAGAGGUCUUCUACUAUCAGCAUCGCUUCAAUCACAUAGGCAGGAAGUGCCAACUACUAUGCUUCUACAGCAACCAGCCGAAAUAAGCUAA